CAGACCGUGGGCUCUGCGCGUCCGGCCCAGGGCGGGCCCAGGGCCCCCGGACGCCCGCCUCCGCCGCGGGUGGCCGCUUACGUCAGGGAGGCGAAACCCAGAAGAAGGGGGAAAAAAAAAAAAGGCCCAAGGGCGGAAGGGGAAAAACUUUUAUUUUUUCUCCUAUUUUCUUCAGGGGCUGAAGUGAAGGGCAGGCGACUGCGCCAGCGCGGGCUUCCGGGAACAGCCCGGCGCGACCCCAGCCCGCUGCGCGCGGCGGAGCCGGGCCCGGGAGGCCCGAAGGGGCGGCCGCCAUGUGGGACCCUCAGGACUUCGAGCGCCACUGGCAGGCCGAGUUCCCCGGGGAGAAGGCCCCCGUCAUGCGGCUGGACUCGGUGCUGGACAUGGAGCGGGAGCUGGAGCGCUGCAAACUCAACCUGAAGCGGCUGCAACAGGUGUUGGCGGAGGAGAAGUUCAAAGUCUCCUACCUGCAGGCGGCCCUGGCCGCGGAGAAGCGGGACCUCUGCUGCGGGCGCUCGGAGGGCGGAGACGGCGACCGGCCGGGAGCUUGGGCGGAGGAGCCGGCGCCGGCCGGGCCGGAGCGGACGCCGCCACCGCGCGAGAAGCAGGGCGCCGCGGGCGGCGGCGGAGACCCCGCAGGCCCCUGGCGCGGGGACCCGGAGGCGGCCGAGAAGGCCGAGGCUCCUCCCUACGCGUGCCCGGACCUUCCCACCUGGCCCGGGCCGGCGGGGGCCGGGGGCGCGGUGCGCAGCCUGACUGCCGCCAUCCAAGGGCAGCUGGUGCAGCCUCGCCUCCUUUUCAGGUCCCAGGAGGACCACGCGCCCCCCGGCGACGAUGACACAGUCCCCAGCGCCCAGGGAGAGGAGCUGCCCUCCGGGACCCGCGCGGGGCGGGGCUCGGAGGAGGGCGAGCCGGACGCCUCGGUCGCGGAGGAUGGGGGCAACAGCAGUGACCACGACUUCGAGAUGGUGGAUUUGAACGAGAAAUUCGUCCUCGGCCACUUGCUCGUGGGCCCCUGCCGGCUCGGAGCCCGCGAUGAGGCCGAAAAGCCGGCGCGGGCGGGCAGCCCCCAUCGCUGGAUGCACCUGAUCCCCGGGGGCCGGCGGCAGCAGCGCCGGAGCCGCGACCUGGAGCAGCUGGAGGCGGAGGCCAAGGACGGGCGGAGCUCGCCCCUGGCGGCCGAGGAGCAUCCCCGGCGUGGGGCUCGCGAGCACCUCCCCCCGUGGCGGCGCAAGAGGUUCCUGCGGGUGCCGGAGCGGGACUCGCCCAGCCACAGCUCUCCAGAGAGGGGCAGUGACUGCAGCCGCAACAGCUCGGACCACGAGGACGGCUUCUCUGCAGGGAAGAGUCUGAAGAUUUCAUUCUAGUGCCAAGUUCCAGAUACCGAAUGGCAGCUACCCAAGUGGCCCAGGGCUGCUUCAGAGCUGGCUCCAAUCCCAUGUUCCGGGAGACCCAUAUCAAUCACCCCUUCAGGUAUGCCCCAUGCACUGCAUUUUCCCCAGGAAGUUAUUUUUAUUUCUGUUUGCUGUCUCUUCUCUCCCUAAGGGCAUUCUUGCACAAAGAUCAUCUUGAUGCAGAUUAGGAGUUAGCAUUCCCUCUGGCCUAACGAAUUUCAAAAAGGUGCCCGCUCUGGGUGGACCAAUGAUAAAAAGAUUCUGAUUUCUCUGGAUUAAAUACUCAGGCCCAGUCACGUGUCUGGCACUUGCUGGCUUUGCCUAGUGUGCUUGGGCUGAUAUUCUAGGCCGCACUCCAGGACCCCCUCUGCAGGUCAGGCUUGUGGAUGGAACCCCUGGACAGCUGUUUGUUGGGGCCCUGUCUCCAAAACCUCGCCUGUGAGGAAGUGACUGCAUGCAUGUACAUGCAUGCCUAUACACGUAUGCACAGUGCACGCAAUCCCAUAACGCGUACAUGUGCACACGGUCUAGGAGAAAGAGCUGUCAGGCAUACAUAGAGUCCCCAGGGUGGAUGGAUUAAGGGCAGGGGUUUUCACCUGGUGGGUGACAGCCCACUGAAAUUUGUGUAGGGGGGGGAAUGAAAGCAUGGAGAGGCUUUCCUCUCACUCUUGGCUAUCCCUGCUUUAUUUUCUCCUUAGCACUGACCAGAUUACUGCUUCAGAUAUUAUGAUUUUGCGUGUUGAUCUUAUUCACUCUCUUUCCAGUAAAUGCAAGGUCCAAAAGGGCAAGGAUUUUUAACUUUUUAUCCAAUGACAUAGCCACAAAGCCUAGAACAGUGUCUAACACAUAGUAGGUAUUUCAUAAAUAGUUGUUGAG